AAUUAAGCUAAUUUCAUCAUUAAGGCAAUAAGCUACGAAGAGGUUUUGGUCCUGGUCUGGGCUUUUGUCCAAUAGAAAAAUGUCCCCUAUAUCUUUCAGAAACAAACUCCUGAGAAACUCCUCAGGCCCCAAGGACACAUCUGCUUAACGUUAAAUGUUCUGUUUCGUACUUACCUACAAUCCUCAAAACACCCAAACUACUGUCUCCCAUUCGAACCAAAAACCAAAGAACAGCUAGAAACGCGGUUUUCUAUAGAAAGCAAAAAAAACAUGGACAACAAUAUAGCCAUGACUCAUGCGCAGCUGCCACCACUACCGCCAUCGCCUGCGGCGGCGGUACAAUUAUCGGAGCUAGUAUUCUCACUAGAGCAAGCAACCCAGAUGGCAAAACAACUCCCUUCCUCGUCAGACCCAACUUACCUCCACCAAAUCUAUUCCUCCCUCCAUCAGGCCCAUCAUUCUCUCUCCUCUUUCCUCUCCGCCACCCAAACUCAAUUUCCCGUUCCUCCUCCUCAGCCACCUGUACCACUUGUAGCCGCAGAGAACUCUCUCUCCUCCGCCACCGGCGCCGCUAAUGACGAUGGUAGUGAGCCGAUGCAGGUGGGCGAUGAGAAUGAAGCUGAGGCCGAGGAGAAUUCAAAGACAUCAGUUGACAAGGUUGAGGAGAGGAUGAGGGAAUGCUUUAUCAAGAAUAAGAGGGUAAAGAGGCAGCUUUCGCCGUCAUAUGCGGCGGUGGCGGAGGAGGGGAGGAUUUGUGAAGAUAGAUUCCUGGGUGGUGUCAAGGGUUUUGAUUCCCUGAGGGAUAAGUUACGGGCUUUGGAUCUUGUCUACCAGUUUCAUGGUUGAACCGUAGACAGGGCUGAAACAGAACAGGAGUUAUUCAAUGGAGCCUUCUUUUUUUCCAAGCAACUUGGUUCCAUUGCCUUUUAAUUUAUUAAUUUUCUUUUUUUCAUUCAUUGUUCUGUCUUCUUUUACCAUUUGUUAAUAGCAAGAAAGGAAGGGUAGGGAGGAUGAAGGAUGAAAGCAUAUUUGUAAUCUCAAAUUUAAGAGGAAAUAAGAUGCAUCUUAAUGAGAUUUUUUUUUUUU